UUUAAGCAGCGCUCGCGUGUGAAAAACUUGCGGAAGAAUCGAUCUGCACGUCUACGUCAAUAUGCAGCUAUACACAAUAGCAACCUUCAUGUUUUAAAUGUUUAUCGACACUGUUUUUAGUUCCGUUGUUGCAGAAAACCUGAUACCAACGAAGUCCUCUUGAGUAUCACCAGAAUGGACCUGGACGUGGCUCCUGGAUGAAAAAAACAACAAAACAACAAGUCAUGUCUGUGGCUUCUCUGUUGCCGCUCCUGGUCGGGACUUUGCUGGCCCAGCAGGAAGCCACCUCGGAUUUCUCUGUCCGCAGCGAUCGGACAGGUGUGGAAGUAGACGGAGGGUCCUUAAACGCAUCACGAGGCGUCAUGUCGGAGACAAACAAGGACGACGAGUGCGAUGACGUGAUGAACGUGAGCGCCGCGGACCGCUGCGCCUUCGUCAAGGGCACGUCCGACUGCAGCAUGCAAGAAGGUUUCGUCAACUAUCUUCAAGUGGCCUUCUGCCUGCUUCCGCCCGACCUCACCCCCCUAACGGUCGCUCUCUGUAUUAUAUGGCUGCUCUUUUUGUUCGUCAUACUUGGCCUCAUCGCAUCGAAGUUUUUUUGUCCCAACCUGUCAGCCAUCUCCACAAGUCUGCAUCUGACUCACAACGUCGCCGGCGUGACCUUCCUCGCGCUCGGUAACGGCGCUCCGGACAUCUUCAGCGCCAUCGCGGCCUUUUCCCGCCCCCACACCGCCGGGCUGGCCGUCGGAGCUUUAUUCGGUGCCGGUAUAUUUGUCACAACGGUGGUCGCGGGCAGCGUGGCCUUGGUCAAACCCUUCGCCGUAGCCUCCCGUCCUUUCUUGCGCGACGUCAUCUUCUACAUGGUGGCGGUGUUCUGGACUUACCUCAUCCUGUACAGAGGAACCACCACGCUGGGAGAAACGCUGGGGUACCUGGGCCUCUACGUGGCGUACGUAUUGACCGUAAUCAUCAGCGCUUACAUCUACAGCCGGCAAAAACGUCUGCGCAGCGCGUCGAUCGACGACGUCCCGCAUAUUCAAGGUUCGCCGCGCAAAGGCGCAAAGGCCGGACAAACGCAUUCGUUGAUCGUCUCCUCCGCAGCAGGGUUCGAGGCGUCGGACUCGUACGAUAACGGCGACCCCCGUCUGCUGGCCGGGACGGAUCAACGCGAAUACGAGUCCGAGUACAGGCCACUCCUGCAAUACACCGAGUCCACUUACCAGAUCCUGCUCAGCUCCGUCAACCCAGUGGACAACAGGAAGUGGAGGAGGAAAAACUGGAAGUGGAGAGUCCUCAAAGUAUUGAAGACCCCCGCGGAGGUGGCGCUGCUGCUGUGCAUCCCCGUCGUGGAUCACGACCGAGAAGACAAGAACUGGAGACGACCUCUGAACUGUCUCCAUCUGGUCACUGCCCCGCUCGCGUGUGUCUUCACCUUCCAGUCCGGAAUCUUCGGAGGUUUUUUGAUUGAGGGCCAGUUUCCGCUGUGGCUGCUGACGCUGCUCCUGGGACUCUUCCUUUGCGCCAUCGUCUUCUGCAGCACCACCAACGAGAGCCCCCCCACGUAUCACCCAGCGUUCGCUCUUUUGGGCUUCGUGGUGAGCGCCGUGUUGAUCAGCGCGGCGGCGUCCGAGGUGGUCAGCGUUCUGCACAUGCUCGGCGUGGUCCUGAGUCUCAGCAACACCGUGCUGGGCUUGACUCUGCUGGCGUGGGGCAACAGCAUCGGAGAUUGUUUUUCAGACAUCACCCUCGCACGGCAGGGUUACCCGAGGAUGGCCAUCUCGGCCUGCUUCGGGGGCAUCAUUUUCAACAUGUUGUUUGGGGUCGGGUUGGGCUCGCUGGUGCAGAGGAUCAAAACACACGCUGAGGUGCAGCUGGAACCAGAGGGACUGCUGACAUGGAUCCUGGCCGGUUCCCUGGGCUCGUCUUUGGUGCUGUCUUUCGUCAUCGUUCCGCUGAGCCGCUUCCACUUGGGUCGCCGCUACGGCAUUUUUCUCCUCACCUUCUACGGCGUUUUCCUCGUCGUCGCUCUGCUCACGGAGUUUGGCAUCAUCUAAGGGCCGUUGAGACGCUGGAAGCGCCGUUCUUAUGCUGAACCUGACUGCCAUCUACAACCAUCCAUCCAUUUUCCUUUGCCGCUUAUCCUCACGAGGGUCGCGGGGAGUGCCGGAACCUAUCCCGGUUGUCACCCGGGCAGGAGGCGGGGUACACCCUGAACUGGUUGCCAGCCAAUCGCAGGGCACAUCGAGACAAAAAGUCGCACUCACAAUCACACCUAUGGGCAAUUCGGAGUGAAUGUUGCAUGUUUUGGGGAUGUGGGAGGAAACCCACGCAGGCACGGGGAGAACACGCAAACUCCACGGAAGUGGGGCCGGGGUCGAACCCGGGCUUUACCAGUUGAGCCACUGUCCUGCCCACCGACAACCAUCCCCUGUUUUAUUUAUGAAAUCACACAUUUUUUAUUGUAAUUUUUUUAGAUCUAAUAACUGACACUGUGAUGGGAAUCUGUCCAAAAGGUGGACACAGGUGAAGUCAGUUCAGCAUUUUUUGGUUUUUAAACUAUGCAAUAACUUUAAUGUACUGUACAUGACAUGUUCAUUUAGUGUAAUCAAAUAUGGGGACAUCAUUAUGCCUUUCACAUUUUUACAUAUUUUUAAUGCUCUUCAAAUAUGUUUCCACCAGCCAAAAAUGCUUCAAUGCUUGUCUGAGAAGUUAAUUAAAAUCUCUUUAGUAAUUUCAGCAACAAUGUAACUAGUUCUAUCUGGGGUGAGAAUUUUCCGUGGAUUUGCAGAAUUUCGAGUUUUUUUUUCAGCUGAAAUUGUCAUUUUUGUGAAAUGUGUAAAUACGUUCCAAAAAUUUGGGGGGAAAAAAAAGUGUAACGUGUGGAUAGGAACGAAAACCGUAUCAACACGUCUAACCGAACGCAUGCAAAAAGUGGACGUUCCCGGCCGGCAAAGUGCCGACCACUCUGUGUUCCGAUAUGAUCAAUUAUGGGAAAAAUAUCCCAAACCGGGAAACACAAAGAUAAGUUGGACGUAAAUUUCUCAAAUAUGAUAUAAUUGACAACUGUUAAUACGAUUAGGCCUAUCUGUAGCACUGGCCCUGUAGAUCACGCAUUUUAUAUUUCAUGAUCUCUCUUGUGUACUUAUUUCAGAAAUAUAAGUAAUGUAAUAUAAUAAUAACAAUAAGUAAGUGCAGUACCGUCGUAUAGUUAUAAAUAUAUUUUUAAUUAAUGUAAUAAAAAUAAUAUGAUAAUAUUUAUUAUAUAGUAUAUUAGAAAAUAAUAUAAAUAUAAAUUUCACUCAGUCUACAUUAUUAUGUCUGAAGUUUAGCAAAAUUAUUUGGGUUGUUUGGACUCAUAUUUUAAGUUUUCAAAAUAUGAUCGCCCUUGUAUUUACACUGUUAAAAGUAACCAGAGGUCACCAUUUAACUGUGUUUUAUAAAAAAAAAUGUUUGUGCCCAAGGGGGGGGGGGGGGCGCACCCGCCUUUGAACCCCCCCCCCCCUCCCCCGACCCAAGCCGGACGUUUUUAGUGUUUUUCCAAAUUGGACCUUCUCAUCCCUGUUCGAUAAAAGUAGAACUUUUUCAA